GAGUUUCUUGCUGCUUUCUAUGUGUUUUACUGCUAUUUAAUAAGGAACACAAAGUCACUGUAUGAAUUCAGAUUUUAUGGAUUUGAUCAAGUCUCUAUGGAUGAUCUACUAAAAUCAGCAGUAGAUAAAACUCUGAAGAGUAAGAAUGGACACCUGGAUUUGUUCCUGCGGUUUCUGCUAGGCGUAUCAUUGGAGUCCAAUCAGAGACUCUUACAGGAUCUACUGCCACACACAGAGAACAGCUCAGAGACCAUCAAGAAAACCACAGAGUACAUUAAAGAGAAGAUCAAAGAUCCUGGUAGUAUUUAUUAUCUCUCUGCUAGUCAAUCUAUCAGUCUGUUCCUCUGUCUGCUGGAAGUGAAAGAUCAGACUCUGUCCAGAGAGAUUCAGGAGUUUGUGAAAUCAGACAAACACUCAAGGGAGAAACUCUCUCCGUCUCACUGCUCAACAAUCGCCUACAUGCUUCAGAUAUCAGAGGAGACACUGGAUGAGCUGGACCUCAAGAAAUACAACACAUCAGAUGAGGGGAGAAGAAGAAUGAUUCCAGCUGUUAUCAACUGCAGAAAAGCUCUUUUUUCUGGCUGUAAUCUCACCGUACAGUGCUGUGAGAGUUUAUCAUCUGUUCUUCAAUUCUCAAACUCUGUACUGAGAGAGCUGGAUCUGAGUAACAAUAACCUGAAGGACUCAAGAAUUAAGCUGCUCACUGAUGGACUGAUGAGUCCAAACUGUCAUCUGGAGAAACUGGGUCUUUCUCAUUGUAACCUCAUUUCUCAGUGUUGUAAGAUUUUGUCAUCAUUUCUUCAAUCCUCAAACUGUGUCCUAAAAGAACUAGAUCUGAGUAAAAAUGACCUGCAGGAUUCAGGAGUAAAGCUGCUCUUUGAUAGACUGAAGAGUCCAAACUGUCAGCUGCAGAUACUGAGUCUUGCUGGCUGUAAUUUCACUGCUCAGUGUUGUGAGAGUUUGUCAUCAGCUCUUCAAUUCUCAAACUCUGCCUUAAGAGAGCUGGAUCUGAGUAACAAUGACUUGCAGGAUUCAGGAGUGAAGCUGCUCUCUGAUGGACUGAAGAGUCUAAAUUGUCAGCUGAAGAUACUGAGGUUAUCUGGCUGUAUGGUGUCAGAAGAAGGCUGUGGCUAUUUGUCUUCAGCACUGAGAUCAAACCCCUCACACCUGAAAGAGCUGGAUCUGAGCUACAAUCACCCAGGAGAUUCAGGAGUCCAGCUUCUAAACCAGAAACUGCAGGAUCCAAACCAUACACUGCAAAUACUCAAAGUGGAUCAUGGAGGAGAGAUCAGGAUGACACCAGGACUACAAAAGUAUGCCUGCGAUCUCACACUGGAUCCAAACACGGCAAAUACACAACUCAUUCUGUCUAAUGAGAACAGGAAGGUCACCCAUGUGAAAGAUCACAUGGCGUCAUAUCCUGAUCAUCCAGAGAGAUUUGAUGAUGUUCCUCAGGUCCUGUGUGUUAAGAGUCUGACUGGACGCUGUUACUGGGAGGCUGAAUGGAGUGGAGAUGAUGCUGAAAUAUCAGUGACGUUUAAAGGAAUCAACAGGAAAGGAAAGAGAGAUGACUGUAAGUUCGGAUCCACAGACAAAUCCUGGAGUCUGUACUGUUCUGAUAACAGAUUCACGGUCUGGCACUGUAAUAACUACACUGAUAUAGGCAACAUCCAUUCAUCCUCUAAUAGAGUAGGAGUGUAUGUGGACAUGUCAGCUGGCUUUCUGUCCUUCUACAGCGUCUCUGACACACGCACACUCACACACUUACACACAUUCAACACCACAUUCACUGAACCCCUCUACGCUGGAUUCAGGCUUGAUUAUGAUUCAUCAGUUUCUCUGUGUCAGAUGAAAUAACACACACCCAUAUUUGCCAGUCCUCUUUCUAAUGUUCACAUGCACACAGUUGAAUCAGGCCUGACAUGGUUACAUUAGCAUUAAUUCAUUUUCCAUUGUCAUCUAUAAGUUAUAAAUCUAAAUCGGGCACAUAUACUGUUCUAAAUAUUUAAUUUUCACAUUAAUAAAGUUGCUUUGAUAUUAAUAUAUUAUUAAUAUAUUAAACUGAUCAUCAAAUGUAACUAAAGUAUCAUUUGAUCUGUUUCCUGAUAAACUUAUGCGUCACCGAUGUGAACUGAUGACAAUAUGAGCAAUCAUGAAUGUCAUUGAACAGAAUGAAUCAGUCUCCUGAUGGUGUGCUUUGUUUUUCUGUGUGGGAUUUAUGUUUUAAAGGAUUUAUGUUUUACAGGUUUUACUCAAUAGAAGCACUGUGCCCAGGCCUCAUAAAGGCUCUGUGUUUUUCCUUUUGAUAUUAUGUGUAUG